GGGAACGGAACGGCUGAGCUUCUGCCAACCAAUUUGAUUUGCGCUUGUCUUACCUUCUGUGGACUUGACAUUGGUCAGUAGCAUAUGUGCGACCAGCCUGGCGAGCCUGCAGGUGCUGCUGCCAGACUUGGCCGGCAACAAUGGCGCGCUCCAGCCCUGACCGAAGUCGUGGGCCGACUCAAAGCCAGGUUGCGAGACGACUGCAUGCGGCAAGCUCGGCAGCGGCGUGAGGAGCUCAAGCAGCGGAGCCGCGCCUCGGCUCUUGGGGGCUGCGAGGCAUCGCCGUUGCUGGCGCCCGUUCCGGCGCAGGUUGCGGCCCCCGGUGCGGCCGCGUCCAUCGUGGCCCGGGACCUCCAGGCGGCGCUGGCUGCUGCGGACGUGCGGCAGCUGCUGGCGGCGGAGGCGGCGGCCAUGAUGGCCACCGGGGCAGCAACUGGGCCAGCUGGGGCGGAGGCGCGGCCAGGAGACGGCGCAGGGGUAGCGGCAGUGGGCCCCGGGCCCACAGUGCAGGCGGUCCUGUACCCGCCCGCCGCACAGGCGCCUGAGCCGCCCGGCCCCGGACCCGCAGCCGCGUUCCAGUCGCCCCAGCCGCCGCUGCCGGCCUUCGGCGCAGCAGCUCAGUGCCAACAACCACAACCGCACCAGCAACUGCAACCGCAACCGCUCAGCAGCCCUGCACUGGCCUUUCGCCAGGGCUUUGCCACGCCUGGCGGCGCUGGCCACCACGCCUCACACCCGUCACCCUACCAGCACCAGCGGCAGCCGCCCUCCGCGGUCACGCCUGCCCCCGGGCUCGCGCCCGCCCCCGGGCUCGCGCCCGCCCCGCCCGACCCCUGGGACGACCCCUUCUUCACGGGCGAGGACGGCCAGCCGCACCCCGAGGGCGAGGGCGAGGGCCAGCAGGGGCAGCAGGGGCAGGGGGGGCCAGCGGCGGAAGGAGGGCGGCAGUUGCAGUGGCAGGGCCCGGGUGGGCUGUGCGGAGCGCUGGGGCUGCUGCCGCCCGGGGGCCUGACUGGCGGCUGGGGCGGCGGCGGCUGGAGUGAGGCUGAGCUGGCGGCUGCGGAGGCGGAGGUGCGGCUGGCGGUGUAUGCGGCCAUUGCGGAGCAGCUGCAGGCUCUGGAGGAGGAGGAGGCGGCCUACCUGCAGGCGGCGGCGCUGGCGGCGCAGGAGCAGGAGGCGCAGGAGCGGGCGGAGCAGCAGCAGCAGCAGCCGUUUGGCGGCCCCAUGCCCAUGCCCGGUGGCGCCACUGGCGGUGGCGGCAGCAGCCCGGGCGCUGGGACGGCCUCGGGCUCUGGGGCGGUGCUGUGCCCAGUGUGCGGCGGCGCGGCGCUGGUGGCGGUGUCGGGCGUGAUCGCCUGCCCGGCUGAGCGCUGGCAGCUGGACUGCAGGCAGGAGGGGCUGGGGCUGGGCCACCUCAGGCAGCGGCUGGCGGCGGCAUUCGAGGAGCACCACGCCAGCGGCUGCCGCGGCGCCCUGCGCUUCUGGGUGGAGGGCGGCGGCGUGUGCGGAGGCGGAGGCGGAGGCGGACGCAGUGGUGGGGGUGGCUCCCGCACACCCGCGCUGCCGGCGGGGGAGGCGGGCAUGGGCGGGGGCGCUGAAAACAUGGACGCAGAGUGCAGUGGAGGGGUUGGGGGCGGACCUGGGGGUGGAGCCGAGGGCGGCGGUGACCUGUUGGCUGCGUUGAGGCUGGCUGGGGCGGGGCCGGGGCCGGGGCUGGGUGCUGUGCUGGGGCCGUGCAUGAUGGCGGCGUGCGACAGCUGCGGCCGCCUGAGCGUCGUGAUGUGACGUGAUGUGAGGCGAUGUGAGGCGCUGCAACGUGAGGGGCAGCCGGGCACACGCCCCCCGCAAUCAUACGGUAAACCGAUGAAUGUAAUACCAGUCACCA